AUGUCCCCCUCUGGUGUACGGAACUAUCGUGGAUCCUCUGGGGAGCCUCAAAAACCUCAUGAUGCUGACGAGGCAGAGAAGAGUCUCUCCAGAUCAGAACUCCUCAAGAAACAUCUACAGAGACCCACAGGGAAGAAAUCUCACCGCUGCUCUGACUGUGGGAAGAGAUUCACCUCAUCAAGCAUUAAAAUUCACCAGAGAACACACACAGGAGAGAAACCUUAUAGCUGUGAUCAAUGUGGGAAGAGUUUUGGUCAAUCUGGAGAUCUGACAGUGCAUCAGAGAAUACACACAGGAGAGAAACCUUUUAGCUGUGAUCAAUGUGGGAAGACUUUUACAGCUUCUGGCUAUCUGACAGUGCACCAGAGAACACACACAGGAGAGAAACCAUAUAGCUGUGAUCAAUGUGGGAAGAGUUUUAUUACAUCUGGCCAUCUGUCUCGACACCAGAGAAUACACACAGGAGAGAAACCGUAUAGCUGUAAUCAAUGUGGGAAGAGUUUUACUACUUCUGGCUAUCUGACUUUACACCAGAGAGUACACACAGGAGAGAAACCUUAUAGCUGUGGUCAAUGUGGGAAGAGUUUUACUACUUCUGGCUAUCUGACUUUACACCAGAGAACACACACAGGAGAGAAAUCCUAUAGCUGUGACCAGAGAUAAUCUGAUUAAAGAUCUCUGACUAAACAUCAGAAAAUACAUGAAGCAGUUGUUUCAUGAUAUCAAUUUAAUGAUGUCACAAUGUAGAAUGUUUUAACAUUGUAGUAGGAGUAUUUUAAUGAUGUCACAAUGUAAAAGCCUAAAUGUGUGUCCCCUGUUCUAUUGAUUUCAACAUGAUAUGGAUAUUAGCCUCAGGGGGAAAAUCCAGGCUCUGAAUUGGAAGAGUACUAUUUAUGAGAUUUAGUAAGUACACAUUAUUCCCAGAUUCCGUGUGGUUUUUGAGCUGUUAGUUUUAACAGGACGUGCAACCUCAUCGCCCUCCUGUCGCACAAAUGAUUUCAACAUGAUAUCGAUGAGUUAUGACAAAUAAGUGUUGUGUUCCUUUGUUUAGCGACCCCUACAUUUAAAUGCAUUCCAUCAUCAGGUACAACCUGAUUUCCCCCCUAAUCGAUAUCAGUGAUUUAUUGCUACUUGUCAAAACAGCGUUUCUGGUGCUUGUGCAGUUUAUAAGGAGCUUGU